AUGGGUCGAGGGAAGAUUGUGAUAAGAAGGAUCGAUAAUUCAGCGAGCAGACAAGUGACCUUCUCCAAGAGGAGGAAGGGACUUAUUAAAAAGGCUAAAGAGCUCUCUAUUCUCUGCGAUGCCGAACUUGCUCUCAUUAUCUUCUCCAGCUCUGGCAAACAGUAUGAAUUUGCAAGCACUAGCAUAGAGUCGGUAAUUGAGAAAUAUAAUACACGAAAGGAGGAAGAUGAACUGCUCUUGAAUCCAAUUUCUGAUGUCAAGUUAUGGCAGAAGGAAGUAUCAGCUCUAAGGCAACAACUACUUAAGUUGCAGGAGAAUAAUAGGAAAUUAAUGGGGGAGCAACUCUAUGGUUUAUCAAUUAAAGACCUAAACAGUCUCGAGAGCCAAUUAGAGUUCAGCUUACAAAGCAUCCGAAUUAAAAAGGAACAGAUAUUAAACGAUGAAAUAAAAGAAUUGAACCGAAAGGGAAUUCUGAUGCACCAACAAAAUGUAGAGCUGGCCAAUAAAGUAAACCUCUUUUGUCAAGAAAACAUUGAAUUGCAGAUGCAAGCAGUUGGAUCUGUUAUGACUAACAAAUAUAGCGAAGGUUAUCCCGGGGCUAGAUACUACGGAGGAAACGAGUACAUUGACAUGGCCGAAUCCUUGUGCCAAAAACGUGCUCUGGAAGCAUUUCGUUUGGAUCCAGAAAAAUGGGGAGUGAAUGUCCAAUCUUUAUCUGGCUCUCCAUCCAAUUUUCAAGUUUAUACCGCAUUGUUAAAACCUCAUGAUAGGAUUAUGGCACUUGAUCUUCCUCACGGUGGACAUCUCUCUCAUGGUUACCAGACUGAUACCAAAAAGAUCUCUGCAGUGUCUAUAUUUUUUGAGACAAUGCCAUAUAGAUUGGAUGAGAGCACUGGCUAUAUUGACUAUGACCAGAUGGAGAGAAGUGCUGCUCUUUUCCGACCUAAGUUAAUUGUUGCUGGUGCUAGUGCUUAUGCACGUCUAUAUGAUUAUGCACGUAUACGCAAGGUCUGUGAUAAACAAAAAGCUAUAAUGUUGGCAGAUAUGGCACAUAUAAGUGGAUUGGUUGCCGCGGGUGUCAUCCCUUCACCCUUUGAAUAUGCUGAUGUUGUAACCACCACAACUCACAAGUCACUUCGAGGCCCACGUGGAGCCAUGAUUUUUUUCAGGAAAGGAGUGAAAGAGAUUAAUAAACAAGGCCGGGAGGUAUUAUAUGACUAUGAAGACAAAAUCAAUCAGGCCGUCUUUCCUGGUCUUCAAGGUGGUCCGCACAACCACACAAUUGCUGGUUUAGCAGUUGCACUGAAACAGGCAACAACUCCAGAAUACAAAGCGUAUCAAGAGCAAGUUCUUAGGAAUUGCUCAACUUUUGCACAGUCUCUCGUUGAGAAGGGCUAUGAACUUGUUUCUGGUGGAACAGAGAAUCAUUUAGUUCUAGUGAAUUUGAAGAAUAAGGGUAUUGAUGGGUCAAGAGUUGAGAAGGUGUUAGAAUCAGUUCAUAUAGCUGCCAACAAAAACACUGUUCCUGGAGAUGUCUCAGCUAUGGUUCCUGGUGGUAUCAGGAUGGGAACACCGGCUCUUACAUCCAGAGGAUUUGUUGAGGAUGAUUUCGCUAAGGUAGCAGAAUUCUUUGAUGCUGCAGUGAGCUUAGCCGUAAAGAUCAAAGCAGAAACCAAAGGAACAAAAUUGAAAGACUUCUUGACAACAAUGCAGUCUACUCCUUACGUCCAGUCUGAGAUUGAAAAGCUACGACAUGAUGUUGAGGAAUACGCAAAGAAAUUUCCUACAAUUGGUUUUGAAAAGGAAACAAUGAAAUACAAGAGCUAAGAAAGAAAUCUUGUCUGGAUGAAGCAGUCGAGAAAUGGUGGCCAAGCAGUCGAGAAAGGGCCAUAUGUGAAGUAUGUAAGUUUUAAUUAUUUUAUGUGCUCAAAUUUAGCGGAUUUUGAGGUGUAUAUAAUGUGCAUAUUGAAGUUAUCUACCAAAAUAAAUUGACCUGGUCCAGCAUGUUUAUCUUUCAA